CUUGAUUGCCAUUUGUUUUCCCAUUGUUUGUUUAUAUUUUGCACUGUGUGGGCGUGUUUGUGCAUUACUGCUCAACAAAUUUCAAAGGCAAUGAGUGAUAUAAAAAUCUUACAAUUUGCUCCUUUUGAGUCGUUUGUGUCCCCAACAUUUUGGCACAAAUUAGCAGAGUUGAAACUCGACUAUGACCGUUUGUCCGACACGAAACGCUCCAUUUACGGAUACUACACAAAUCGCAAGGCGUCCGGUUGUCUGCUUGAGGUCGACUACAGCGCAUAUAAUAGUGAAGCGCAGACACCAAAAUUUAGCCAUGCAGCCAAUGGUUCUAUUUACAAUAAAAACACAAUUGAAGAGUUCAAAGCCCUGGAUAAAACGUCGCUGCUGGCAGAUGAGGGCAAACAAUUGUUGGAUGAUAUGCGCAACGGGCGUGCCUUGAACGAUGCCAGUUUAUUGACACGUUUCUUUGUCCUCUCGUUCGCGGAUCUGAAAUGCCAUAGCUAUUACUAUUGGUUCGCCUUUCCUUGUCCACUAACACCCGCGUUGGAAUUGCUUACCUCUCCCACAAAGCUGAAAGAGAUGCCCAAUAGUGGGACUUAUGUGGAAGCUAUUUGCGUAUUGCCUGCGCAUGCGCAAAACUUUUUCAUUUUGCAUGUGAAUGAGCAGGCAAAGGUUUGUGAGGCGCUCAGUUUGAGUGACGCUUUGGGUAAAUUCGAUGAGCAACAGGCGCAGCAUUAUAUUUACUGUUUUGCUGAUCCCAGCGAAUAUGAGAAUCCCGCCUGGCUUAUGCGCAAUUAUGUGGCUUUGCUGUUCCAGAAGUGUCCCACUCUUAUUGGCAAAUCACUCAAAUUUUUGGGUCUGCGCUACGAUCAGCAAAUGCAAUUGGACAACAGUUUGAUGUGGCAGGUGCGUCAGUCUGAGGCAUGCAACUAUGAGCAGGUGCAAUUUGUUGGCUGGGAAGCGAAUCGCAAUGGCAAAAUGGGUCCACGCAUGGCCAAUAUGCGCGAUAGCAUGGAUCCAGCCAAAUUGGCCGAAAAUUCUAUAAACUUGAAUUUGAAACUCAUGAAAUGGCGCCUGGUGCCGGAUCUGAAUUUGGAUAUACUUGCGAAUACCAAGUGCUUGCUCUUUGGAGCUGGCACCCUGGGCUGUGCUGUGGCCCGCAAUUUGCUGUCCUGGGGUUUCAAGCACAUAACUCUAAUGGACAGUGGCAAAGUGGGCUAUUCGAAUCCUGUGCGCCAAAGCCUCUACACCCACUCGGAUGCUGUGGCAGGAAAUUGCAUGAAGGCGACCACAGCUGCAGCUCGCCUGCUUGAGAUCAAUCCCAGCGCUGUGACCAAGGGUUACGUAUUGGAAAUACCCAUGCCGGGCCAUACAGUGGGCGAGGCAUUGCGUGCACAAACCGAGCAACAUUUGCAACGCAUCGAGGAGGAGGUGCUGGCCCAUGACGUCAUCUUUCUGCUAACCGAUUCACGUGAGAGUCGUUGGCUGCCCACGUUGCUGGGGGCGGCAAAUCAAAAGAUUGUCAUGAAUGCUGCUCUUGGCUUUGACAGCUAUCUAGUCAUGCGUCAUGGCAGCACGCGUCAGCUAAUUGGCGAUUGCAACAGGAAUGUCGAAGGGCUCAAAUGCAUAAGUGGACAACAGUUGGGUUGCUACUUCUGCAAUGAUGUCACAGCGCCGGGAAAUUCACUCAAGGAUCGCACGCUGGAUCAACAGUGCACUGUUACGCGUCCCGGCGUCUCUAACAUAGCAGCCAGCUAUGCAGUGGAGCUGUUGGUAGCCCUGCUGCAGCAUCCGCAAAGGGAACUGGCGCCCGCCUAUUAUGCGAACACUCGCCAACAGACGGAAGUGCAACAGCCGGAGGGUCUGUUAGGCAUUUUGCCACACUCGAUACGCGGCAUGCUGUGCAACUACGAGAACAUCUUGCCAGCCACUCAGAAGUUUGCGCAAUGCAUCGCCUGCUCGGAGCGUGUGUUGGCCGCCUAUCGCAGCGAGGGUCACGAGUUUCUCUUCAAAACAUUCGAAACGGCUAAAUACUUGGAGGAUCUAACAGGCAUUUCGGAAUUCAAGCGACUUAACAGUGAGAUAAUUGACUUUGAUGAUAAUGAAUUUGAUAUGUCCGACAAUGAGGACGAUGAUGAUAAUUAGCCGAAUUGUUAUUAUCAUCAUAAAAUAUUUGCAUUUUCUAUUCGAUUUAAGCUUAAAGAGUCAUUUAUUUAGCACCAAAUUUAGGAAUUUAAGUAUG